AACGAUCUCCCUAACAACUCAACAAAUCUUUUAAUUACAUCAAAACUAAAUCGUGACCGCAGCCGAUUAGAUCAUGUUAUAGAAUUUAGUUGCAUAAUUCAAUGCAAUUAGUAAUUGUAUCACAAAUAACAAUGAUUGCCCUGGUUUCACUACAUUGUUACGUAUCGAGACCCAUUUUUAUCCUAUCCAUCCUUCUUUUACUUCAAAACAAAUUUAUUCAAUAAAAAAAAAAGAAAUUUCUUUUGAUAUGCUAUUGCAAAAUGUUCACAAAUUCUUAUCAUUGUGCAAAGUAAGUAAACCAAAGCGCAAUAUAUUAAAAUACAAAUCAAAAUUCAAAUUGAAAAUAAUUAUAAUUAAGUUAUAAUAUUUAAAAUAUUUUAUAUAUUUAAAGAAAAAAUAAAAAUUGUUUCGCAUAUAUUAUAGCAAUAUGAUUCUAUAGAAUGUGCUUACAUUGAAUUUACAGAGAUUAACUAAAACUAAACGCACGCAACUUAAAAUUAAGUCUCACGCAUCCCACGAUGUCCUCGGUGCUCUGCUGGGCCGAUGUGUACACGACGGAAGUUCAAUUGGUAAUGAGUGCCCGAGUGUACUACUCAAAGAAAUUUUUCACGGCGUUCACGUCUAUCAUGGAAUUCUCAAUGAUAUCUGCAUGAUGAGAAUCUUCACGACGACUUUCCUUGGACUUUCCAGUGCAGAUGAUAUCGUUCUUCGCAUUGAAAUCGGCACAAAUUGGAGCAUGCCACUUGUUUUCUGGUUCUACUCUUCGAUUUUUCGAAUUUAGCAUCGCGGUCGCGGUCGCGGAUAGGUCGCGAGUAGGUCCCGAAACGAACGUUCACGUAGGUAUUGCUCGAGCACGCACAUGCGAAUGGACAACGAUCAAAAGACUCGAGCUAGAUGUAAGUUUCAGCGGGCAUCGCGCUCGAAGAAAGAAGAGGCUUGAAGCCGAAGAGGCCCGGCAAACUGCCACGAAGAGGGUCACAACAAAUGGCUUCUCAUCCUCUGGAUCAUUGAAA